GGGAACGCUUCCCAGCAAGUUCUACCCACACUGUGAUAAAUAUACAUCUUUCUUUCCCUGGCUUACACACAUUCAAUGCAGUUUAGGAUCUUAUUUUUGUUAGUUUGAAUUGUUCGGUAGCUGAGAACUAAGCUUUAGUUUCACAGUUCCUCAAAAAAUUAGAUAUGGAAUCUGCUAUGGUUGCUCUUGUAGUUGAAAAACUUGGCAAGAUGGUGAUAGAGCAGAUAAAUAAGGAGGCUUCACUUGUUCUUAGCUUCAGAGAGGACUUUGAAUGGCUGAGCAAUAAACUUACAAGAAUAAGAAGCUAUCUAAGAGAAGCAGAUCUCCGAAGUGCACACAAUGAGUCAGUGAAAAGCUGGCUGCUGGAUGUUGCAGAGAUUGCUUUGGAUGCAGAGGACAUACUGGACGAAUGUGCUGUUCAAUCUGAAGGUACUGAUAAUGAAAGCGCCCAAUCCUCUUGUGUUUGUGCUUUCAGUUAUUCUCAAUUAGUGUUUCGCUAUAAAAUGGCACGUCGGAUUAAGGACGUGAAAGAUAGAAUGAGGUCCAUUCUGAUAGUUGAUGCAAAGGAGCUGAAGCUUGUUGGGGAUGUAACUCAUUCAAACCAACCCUCUACGAGUACAGCACAGAAUGUAAACUGGAGGGGUUUCAAUAUGAUAGAGAGGGAUUCACAUCCAGCUGUGGCUAUUGAGUCCAAGGUUGAACAAGUCUCCCGCCUGCUCGAUGACCCUGCUGCUCCUGUCAUCGCCGUUGUUGGUAUGGGCGGCGUUGGGAAGACAUUUUUAAUGCAAAAUGUUUUCAGCAGAAUAAAGGAUAAGUUUGAGAAGUCAAUCUGGCUGGCAAUUUCUCAGACUUACUCUCUUAAAAAGUUGCAAGCUGCUUUGGCCAGGGAACUAGAUUUGGACGACGUCGUUAAUGAGAGGGUAGAUGAGGUGAAGGCGCAAGAGCUGAUUCAUGGCCGUUUAGCAAGCACAAAGUUCCUCAUUGUGCUGGAUGAUGUGUGGAGGGCAACUGAGCAAGAGAACUUGGUAUUGGCACUUGGCAUUCCAAGGGGGAAUAACCCUGAGAGCAAAAUUGUGGUCACAACACGAAGCAGACAUGUGAGCAGCAACAUGAAUGCUCGUGUUUAUGAGCUGCAAACUUUGUCAAAAGAGGAGAGCUGGAACCUGUUUUGCGCUUUUGCCUUUAAAGGAAAUCAGCCAACACAUCAUCUUGAAGGGAUUGCUCGUCAAGUGGAAGGGGAAUGCGGGAAAUUGCCCUUGGCUGUUAAAAUAGUGGCAGCAUCUCUGGCGAACACGACACUAUCUAGGGAGUGGGAAUCUAAAUUGCAGCAGCUAAGAGCGGCAUCUUCUACCGAGGAUCCAAUUAUGCAGAUUCUCAAGCUAAGUUAUGAUUCUCUCCCUGCUCAUCUUAAGCCCUGUUUUGUGUAUCUUUCUUUCUUUCCCGAAGAUGAGGAAAUAGACUACCAAUAUCUCAUAAAUCUGUGGGUAGCGGAAGGAUAUAUUCCUCAAGGAGACGACCAACUAGACAUUGGAUGGAGUUAUAUAUGUCAUCUUCAAAGUCUAUGUCUGGUCGAGAGAGUACAUGCCGGGGUUGGUGAAUAUGGUUAUGGAGUGUGCUACAGAAGGUUCAAAUUGCAUGAUUUAUUGCUUGAUUUGGCCAUGAGCAUAGCAAAAGAAAGUCAAUGUGCAUUUAGUGUGGAGGAAGCCUUCAAGAAAGAUCUCACUGUGCAAACAGGCAGGACGUGUCACAGAAUUUUAAUGGGCAAGAGAAGCAUAGGCGAUGAUGAUGUAAAGGUAAUGGUAAGAAACAGGGCAUAUUCUGCAUCAUAUCUUCGCACUAUAUCCUUUUCAAAAAAUUUGGGCAUUCAAAAUAUUCCACCAAAUUUGAUCAAUGGUGCGAGAGUGCUGCGUGUACUUGACUUGAGUGGCACUGGAAUCUCGGCAUUGCCCAAUUGUGUAGGAAAUUUGAAGCUCCUUAGAGUUUUGAAUUUAAAUGAGACAAAUAUUACCGAGGUACCAGAAUGUGUAAAAAGUAUUAAGGGUCUUCGCUUCCUUGACAUUUCUUUUUGCAUGAGUCUAGAACAGUUCCCCAAGUGGAUUGGUGAACUUAAUUCCCUGGAACAUCUGGAUAUACGCCAAUACAUUGAGAAAUCCAUGCCGAAAGGAAUAUCAAAGCUUGUGUCUUUACAGGUAUUGAAAUUAACUGAUAUGAACAAACUAUCUGUGGAAGACAAUGACUUCUUACAGUUGCAGCAUUUUGUCAAUUUGGUGAACCUUCGUGAACUGUUAAUAAGUAUUCAUCACGAGGCUGAAUUGAAGAGUAUAGAAGAUGGCAUCCUCGCCUCGUUGGUGAAGGUGCGUAAUCUGAUAAUACAGAAUGUUACUACUGACAAUUGUCCACCUGUAUCGGAGAAAAUGUUAGCUAUGAAGGAUCUUGAAAGCCUUUCCCUAAUCCGGUUUGCAGUGCCAAAUUGGAUAUGUGGUUUCUCAAAUCUGAUGGAAUUGAAGUUGUCGAAUUGUCAUUGUGUUGAAUAUCCAGCACUAGAAAUCAUGCCCAGCUUAAUAACAUUGUAUUUAAGCGAGAAUAGCAAUUGCAAGGCAUUGCCAAAAGGGUUUGGGAAGCCCGGGGGAUUCCCUAAACUACGGGUUUUUGAAAUUAUUGACUUUGUGGUGUUAGAGGAGUUGCCAGAAUUAGAAGAUGGAGCGAUGCCACGCCUUGAGAUACUACAAGUAUUGUCAUGUGAGAAUCUAAAGAAACAUCCAUGUGGAUUAGAGCUCUUGAAAAGUCUGAAAGAGUGUCACUUGUACUACAUGAAGGUGACACAAAUGUCUGAGAGUGGGGAAUUAUUGAAUAAAUUGAAAGCCAAUAAUCCCAAUGUCAAAAUUUACGGUCUAGAAAACUGAGGUUGUAGAAUGCUGAAAAGCAAAAGGUGUAUUUUUUAUAAUUUCCUUUUAUAAUGUAAAUGAUUGUUUCAUUGUGU